GCUCCUGUUGACUCGGUAACUACAGCGAGCAGCUCCUUACGUGGCGCCCGCGCCGCUGUUUCGCCCCUCUCGGCUCCUCAGAGUGUGUUUGCUGACGGUCCGGUCAUUUCUUCUUAUCCAUUUGUGUCUGAGUUUCCACACGCAGCUGCUGCAGGGAUUUUCCGGGCCGCAAGCGCGGGUGGAAGCUGGGAAGAGCCUGUGAACAGUGGGAGUCUAAUGCACCACCUGUAGACAAAUCAUCCCAGUAGCCUAUAAACCACCAAGAGGUUGCGCUGGUGCAGGGGGUGAGCUGAUAUUUGUCCCAAAUCAAGCACGUGGCUCCGAGGUGACGUGGGACACCAUGGAGAUGGGAGCCUGGCCCCUCUGUCAUUGUAGCUGCGCUGGCAGAACCUCCUGGUUUCUCGCUCRUUCCCACAGGGAUAUGAGCACAUGUCCAUUGGCAGCUGAGUAUCAUAAGCCUGACACUUGGAUUUAAUUAACUUCACAUCUGUCUGGAUGUCCAAAGUGGCUGAAAGGGCCCUGCGCCGGGGCCAAAAGGCAGCAGGAAAUUGAGGUCAAGGCUCCAAAGCAAUUUUCAGAGUUCAGCACAGAGAAAAACAGUUAGAUCCAGACAAAAUCAAGUCUGCUGGAUGCCCUUUCCAGGGUCACCUUCUUCCCUCUCCUUGCAUUCCUGCCCCCAUCCUGAGGAAAUCAGUGAAAGGACCCUUGGAGAAUCCUAAAGAAAAGCUGCAGCAGGUAGAGCAGAGUGUGGAAUAUUUUGGCCAUUAUUUGAGAAGAGAAAAUGUAAGGAUAUGCAUAUGGAAUCAUGCCUUGAGUUGUAUCAAGCACCUAGGAUGCGUGAGUGGAACACCUGUCAGACAUAUUAAAACAUGGUGUUUCUUUAAAAAGAUUGCUAUAAAAGACUUGAAUUGAAGGAUUUAUAUAUAUAAUAUAUAUAUAAAUAAAAAACUAUACAUAUAUAUAGUUUUAAGUAUCGAGGUAGAAGGACAAAGCCCUGAGUUUUGUGUUUGAAUUUAUGCCGAAGGACUUUUGAGCUGGCACAAAGCCUGUUUGAAAUCAUUUCUGGCUGCAUGUGGGACCAGGAGCCUGUUUGCCUGAAUUCAAUUGCAAAUUAGGGUCUAAAAAUGUUAAAAGGAAAUGGCCAGGCUAAAACAGUUCUUCAUAAAACAGCUACACUUACUUUAUUUCAUAAUGACUGAGAUGGAUUUAAUUAAAAAAAAAAUCUCUGGUUUUAACUGAAUUAACACUCUCUGUUUACUGUUUUAGCCAUUGGGGAAAAUGGAAAUAGGUUAGUCAGGACUGCUUAGAAACAGUGUUUAUUCCUGUGUACGAAUGGGGUGCAAAAAAUGCCCUAGAUUGCUGAUACUACAGAGAGUUGGUAGAAUCCAGCCAAAAUAGUCUAUGCAACUGAAUUCUUUAAAAAAACGAUGGAAAUAAAUAAUGUAAUUUUCUGAGAGGGGAUUUCUGGGAGAAUCUGAUGCUCCUCUAAUUGCUUUUUUGUUUGAUUGUUUGUUUGUUUAUUUAUUUUUAUUCCAUUCAUCCUCUGCAAUUGCAAUGAGAAUUUGGGAGCAAGAUCCUCCCAGAUGUGGGAUCUGACUGCCUCAAAUCCGCAGGAGUUCUCCGUUGUUGGGGAGGAAAGGGAGCUGUAAAUCUUGGAUCCUUUAGCUUGUGCCUUUCCAUCACCRGGGCAGACAUGGCUGGGUGCCAAGGAGCCAUUUAAGGGUUGUUCCCAGGCCACACUGACCCUGCUCUGCCAGGAGAGAGAUGGGGAAGAGAUACUUCUGCGAUUACUGUGACAGGUCCUUUCAGGACAACCUUCACAACCGGAAGAAACACCUCAAUGGAGUACAGCAUCUCAGGGCCAAACGAGCCUGGUAUGACUUGUUCCGAGAUGCUGCUGCUAUCCUGCAGGAGGAACAGAGCAAGAAACCUUGUCGGAAGUUCCUGCAGACAGGACAGUGUGAUUUUGGACCUAACUGCAGGUUUUCCCACAUGACAGAGCAGGACCUGGAGAAGCUGAGUGCCCAGGUGCGAGGGGAGCAGCAACUGAAGGAGCUGCGUCAGGAGGGAGCGGAUGUCCCGCUUGGCACCAUCGAGGACUGGCUGGAGAAGAGAGCAAAGAGAUUGAGCGCAGCCCAGAAUAACAGCUCUCUCCCCGAAAAACCGGCACCUUUCCAGUACCCUCUGGGCUGGCCGCCAGUGCAGGAGCUGCCGCCGUCGCUGCAGCCGCCCCCGCCGGGGGGCUGGCUCCUCCCGCCCGACCUGCGCUGGGGCUGAGGUGCCCCAGCAGCCCUCUCCUCUGCUCCUGGARAGGAGGUAU